UCGUGUGCGUGUGUCUAUUGGGCGGGUCGGAGGCGCGAGGUACUGUAGCGCUGGUCAGGUGAGGAAAUACUAUCACUUCACCUGCUUUCCGCACAUUCGUGAAACGAGCCAAAUGGCCCAACAGUACACAGAGCUAGAACUUGCCCUCAACACCCUGGUCACAAACUUCCACACGGCAUCAGCGACUGAUGCUGAAACUCUCACAGUCCAGGAAUUCCAGAGCAUGCUGUCUAAAGAGCUGCCCAACAUGGUGAAGACAGCAGGGGACCAGGAAGGGCUAAACAAACUCCUGGAGGACAUGGGCGUGGAAGAGGGGGAGGGAGUCACAUUCAAGGAUUUUUGGCAGUUGGUGGAUUCUCUGGCCAAUACUCAGUGUGGGCUGCAGAGCAAAGAGAAGCAGGUCAAAUGUGUGAAAUGUAUUCUGCUCUGAGACCGGCCCAGACCAGUGAUAAUUAUGGCCCUGAGCAAACAACACCACUCAACACUGCCUAUGUGUCCACCACAUCCAAUUCAUCACUCCUUUUUCUCAUCACCCUCUGCAAUAUUGUAUUGUACAUGUCACUCUGCUGGUCUUGGGUAAAUUCACUGAGGUCUUAUCAUUGUUAUGUGUUGUUAUGGAGAUCAAGUAAAUACUCGACAAGACAAGUAAUCUCUGCCAUCAUUGUAACCUGAGCCACACUUAAAUGACCUGAUUAUGUACAAUUCAGUGGCUAAUUUAUUUUCUUAUUUGUUUUGGUGCUGCAGGUUUUUGUAUUAUUGUGUCACUUUCGACCUGCCCAAUAUUUUUAACUUUCUUUUUUUCACUUCAUUUUUUUUUUUUUUUUACAUAAGAAGAAAAUAGGAGAAUACUUGUUUGACUAUGUGUUUGAUGUGACAACUGUGAUUAUUCUGUUGGUUGACAAUUGUGGGCCACAUAUUUGUUUUUAGAAAAGAGAUCAUGUGAGUAAAAUAUUGUAG